GUCUCCGUUAAAGGAUGUAACCGACAGACACUGGGGGGGACCAGAAGCUCCUCGGUGCCACCGAACAAACCGAAACAUCCCGGAGGACUUCCGAGGGUUUUUAUCAUGGACAAAAGCAGCAAUAACACACCGACUUAGAUCAACCACAGUAAGAGCGCCAGCCUCUGCAGACGCUAACCUAAAAGGAAGAAGGACCGAGUCCUGCUGACAGGAAGACAACAUGGCCUCCAGCUCGCAACCCAGAAAUCCUUCCUGUGGACUCAGAGACAGGAGCAGCAGUUUCUUUAAGCUGAUUGACACAUUUGCGUUGGAGAUCGGAGAGCUGAAGAAGGAGAUGGUUCAGGUCUCUCAUGCUGUGGACAAGGAUCCUGUGGAGCUACAAGGGCUGGAGAGCGGUGUGUACCUGCAGGCUCGCCACUGCGGUGGGCUGGUGGGUGAAAGGGAUUCUGGGUACGACUCCUUGCGGAGGAGGAUGAGCGUGUGGGACAGGCUGACUCAAACCCACCCGGCGUGGCUGCUGCUGGGGGUCAGCGAAGAGGAGGCCAGUCGCGUACUGCUCAAACAGCCACCAGGGGUGUUUUUGGUGAGGAAGUCUGUCGCUCUGCAAAGAAAGGUCCUCUCCGUGCGUCUGCAGGAGGAUCAGGAAUCGGGAACUCCCAUCAGCCACUUCCCUGUCAGAGAGAGUCAGUACACCUUUUCUCUCGAUGGAUCUGGGAUCAGCUUUGCAGACCUGUUCCGGCUCGUGGCCUUUUACUGUAUCAGCAGAGAUAUCCUGCCAUUCACACUCAAACUCCCAGAGGCCAUAGCUUCAGCCAAGACCCAGAAAGAGCUGGAGGAGGUGGCUCAGCUUGGAGCAGGUUUCUGGGACUCUGCCCUGUGCAGUCAGCGGCACACCUCCCCCCGUCCCUGUCGCCCUCUGAGCCGGACCCUCAGCCCCCAGCGGACCAACAGGAACAGCGAGGUCGAGGGGUCACAGCAGAGACACACCAGGGCUCACUGUGACAGCGCACCGGCAACCUUACAAUCCCAUGCACCUCCACCUAACUUUCACCUAGAGAGAAGACAUUCCAGCGGUCCUCUGUGCUUCGUUAGCCCGCUCUUUCUCCAAACUCAUCCGCACCGCCGUAGCAGCUCUGAGGAGGAGCCGCCUUCAAAGGCUGUCGAGUCCACCCUGGAGAAUGCAGAGGAAUCAAAGCCUUUAACUGGCAGCCAAAGCAGUGAUCCACACGUGGACAAAAUCAAACCCAACAGCAAAUCGCGGCCCCCUCGCCCCCCGCCGCCGCGCUCGAUGCCACGCCGGCGUCCUGCCCCACCUCCACCUGGACCUCCAGCAGCUACUGCCAGACCAAAGAGCAUGCCAGAGGCUGUAAUUACAAGGCAGCACCAAUCCUCAAAUAAGCGCCCGGCACCCGCUCGACCUUCGAUGGGUAUCAAGCACAGCGGAUCGUCCAAAAGUGCCAGCUCACCAAUCCCCGUGCCUUCAAACCCACCGCCUCCGAGGCCAAAGAAGCCGGAUUUGGAGUCUCACCGCUGCCACAUUGCCCUGGAUGAUGAGACCAUCGCCAAGGCCCUGUCUCGUGCCAAACUGCCAUCCUGCCAGCCUCCAUCUGCCACCCCUGCGGAUCUGGAGAAUAACACUGAGAGUCCGUCCGGUCCUAAUGAGAGGGGACACCAGCGACUCAGCGACAUGAGCAUGUCUACUUCUUCCUCCGACUCACUGGAAUACUCCCAAUCUCCUGGAUUCUCCCUGGGCCUGGCCCCUACCCCAUCAUUACACCUAAAUCACCAAGACCCGGUGGAGGACAGCAGUGAGGACGAUGACGAUGGGGAAGAAGAGGAGGAAGACUACGGAGUUGGCAUGGAGACAGACUUAGAAAUGCGCCUCCGUCCAUCCUUCAGAGCCCGGAGCCGAAAGGUCGGCGUGAGCAUAAGCGGUAGUUCCUUCAUCCUUCCCAGGGCCUUGAAGGGGCGCUUCAGUAAGGUCAGCGGCAUGCUCAGCUCCCUCAUGACCCCGGAGAGGCGGACGGUGAAAAGGAUCGCUGAGCUGUCCAGGGACAAAAGCUCGUACUUUGGCUCCCUGGUUCAGGACUACAUCGGCUUCGUUCAGGAGAAUCGAAGCUGUCACACAUCAGGGAUGGAUUUUCUGCAGACUCUCAGGCAGUUUAUGACACAGAUGAAGGCUUACCUGCGCCAGAGCUCUGAGCUCGACCCUCCUAUUGAGUCCCUCAUACCUGAGGACCAGAUUGACCAGGUGCUGGAGAAGGCCAUGCACAAAUGUGUCUUAAAACCUCUGAACAGCGUCAUCGAGACGGCUUUGCAUGACUUCCAGGUGAGCAGUGGAGCUUGGCAGCAGCUGAGGGAGAACUUGGCCCUGGCUAAGACCAAAAAGCCUCAGGAGCUCGGGGUGGAUGGUGCUGUGCCCCCUGAUGCCGUGGCUAUUGAGAAAAUCCGGCAGAAGUUCCUGAACAUGAGGAAGAUGUAUUCCCCCGAGAAGAAGGUGUCACUGCUGCUGCGAGUGUGUAAGCUCAUUUACACCAUCAUGCAGGAUAACUCAGGGAGGAUGUACGGUGCCGAUGACUUCCUGCCCAUGCUCACUUAUGUGGUGGCUCAGUGCGACAUGCCACAGCUGGACACGGAGAUCCAGUACAUGAUGGAGCUGCUGGAUCCAUCCCUGCUUCAAGGAGAGGGCGGUUACUACCUGACCAGCGCCUACGGAGCCAUGUCCCUCAUCAAGAACUUCCAGGAGGAGCAGGCAGCCCGGGUGCUGAGCUCCGAGGCCAGGAACACGUUGCACCAGUGGCACCGCCGGCGGACCGCCCAGCGUUCAGUACCGUGUGUGGACGACUUUCAGAACUAUCUCCGAGUUGCGCUGCAAGAGCCGGGGGCGGGCUGCACGGCCAAAACGCUGGUCGUCCACCCGUACACCACCACAGAAGAGGUCUGCUCACUGUGCGCCCAGAAGUUCAGGAUCUCCGACCCUGAGAACUACGCUCUGUUUCUGGUCAACGAGGAAACCAGCCAGCAGCUCACCCCAGACACGCACCCUCAGCGAAUCAAAGCCGAGCUCCACAGCCGGCCGCGCGCUCAGGUCUUCCACUUCGUCUACAGGAGGGUGCACAACCUGAACCUCUGCGUCCCUGGCGUCGUGCAAAAUGGAAACUGUCCUCAGGUUGAAUAGCAGAGGGAGACAAGCUCCGCCUCUGGUGCUUGUUGAUGUUUUGUGGAGAGGUUUGAAGUCAGGAGAAAGGAGAGGGUUGAAGUUGCACGUUGGCAAGUUGAUGCAGAUAUGAAAUAAGAAUGUCUUUGAUUAGCAAAUGAUUUUUUUUUUUAAUUAGGUUGAACUCUGGAAAAAGACAAAGAAGGGGAAAUUCAGCAGCCUGUAUCUGCUUUGGUUAUAAAGGAGUUUAGCAUGUGUUACGUGGGUGGAAAUGAAAUGUUUGGCCAUAAUAGACACGUAUACCAUCCUCAAAUAAAUGACUAACUUUUGCCUUAACUACUGCUCUCUCGGUGCCUUUAAAAGGAAUUGAUUAUACUGUUUGCUACUGACAGCAUUCAACCCAGAUUAAAACUCCACUCUAAACAUUAAUUUAAAAAGAGAAAUGAGCUUUUGUAAAGUGUAUGAUUGUUCUUUUUUAUUGUUCUGCAGUUGCUGGACAACUGCAGUUGGUAUUUGUGUGUAGAAAUAUUUUUAUAUCCAAAUAUUUUUUAUCCAUUAAGUGACAAAGAUUUGUAUUCUGAAUUACUGUUUCUGUACUGGACUCAAUACUGGACUUUAUUUAUGCCAGAUAUUUCUCCAAAGUCGACUUAAAUCAGCACUGUUUCUAUUGUAUGUUAUUAAAAAAAAAGCUGAAUACGUAAAUUUAUAAAAUACACUUUA